AUGAAGCCAACAAAGACAUUGCUUGCUCUUCGAGUCAAACCUAUUAUACCAGAACGUCCGAAUUAUAAACUACAAGAAAUAACAAGCAUAUCACAUGUGGAUCUACCUAAUAAUGGUUUCGGUAUAAAAAAUUAUUACAUCCCUAAAACUAAAUUUAAUCAUCUACCAAUUUACAAAAAAGUUCAAAAUACCAAAGUCACAACUGAAAUCAAACGUAUACAGGGAGAUAUUCAUCAAUUAAAACAAGAUAUACUAAAUGAGUUUCCAUCAUUGAAAAUCACGAUGAAUCAAAGUGCCGGAAUAAUCAAUGUGAAAGGAGAUUUGACGAAAGAGCUUACAAAAUUCUUCACGAAAGAAAUAAGGUGA